UACUCAAAUACCAUAAGGACUGCAGUUUUUGUCUUCCUUAUUCUUACAUCUGAAGGACAGCCAAGCCUUGUUUAUACAGGGAUAACACAGUGCUAUAAAAUGAGGCUUAUGUUGAUACCUGCGAUUUUGAAUUGUCUUUUCUAUUUUUCAACACAGACAUCAGGGGUGACGAUUGAGUCCAUUCCAGCCGCCAAUUCAGAGGGAUACAUUCUCACAGAGCUUAAUAAAACUAUCUCGCUGACCUGCAAACAUGAUGCGACCUCGGACAUUGAUAAUGAGUUGGUUUGGCUCAGGAACGACGCCCUGGUUUCUCUGAAUGAAGGGAAUAAAAAUGGCCAAAGCAGAGUGUGCAUUUCUCCAGUGAUCCUUGAAGAUAGAGAGACCAUUUUCACCUGCUACCUGCGCAGUAACGCCUCAAACAGGGUCUCUGUUGUACUCAAUGUCACAUACCCGCCACCUUUGACAGACUCAGAGGAGAUCACUGUGGAAGAGGAAGCGUCUCUGAUUUUAAAUUGCGUCAUAGAGGCCUAUCCUCCUGUGUCUUCAGUAGUCUGGAUGCUCAACGGGACUGAAGUGGAUCUCAAAGAAGGUCGAUUUACAUUAGCCAACAAUGGACUGUCCAGUACACUGUCCACUGAGAAAGUCCAACAGAGCCUGCACGAAGCCACAUACAUCUGUGCUGCAGUUUCACCUUUGUAUGGGACCAAGACCAAAGUGUUCACAGUCAAUGUCACAGAUAAAACCUUGAAGUUCCCUCUGUACCCCAUGAUUGCUGGGAUUGUAGUGGUGUGUCUCACUUCAAUACUUGCUGUUGCUUCACGAUGGAGGAAAAUUGUAAAGUGCUGCAAGUAACUUUUUCCAAAUCUGGAAGGCUGCCUCAUAUAAUUGAUGAAUUAUUAUUAGUUAUUUUUAGUUUGUUUAGUUCAUGUUUUCAGAGUUAUUUGAAUGACAUGCAAUGAGUUAACGC